UGAUUGAGCCUACAUCCUCCUCCCCCUGUCAUAUACUCUCUCUCUCUUUCUAAAAUUUCUCUCUUUUGUGCAUAUCCAUCUCUGCCUCCGCAGAUAUAUAUAUACACACUAUAUAGAGAUAUGGACAUGGCUGUUCCCGUUCAAUAUUUUUUUCCCAUCUCUCCGUCACUUUUUCCUGUGAAAAAGUGAGAGAGAGGAGGAAAAAGGGGUGAUUUCAUGACAAAUUUUGAGGGUUUCCAUGCUUGCUUUUCCAUCUGAGACUAAACAGAAUAAAACCCAGAGGAAAGGAGGCAAGAAAGGAGUGAACUUUGCCCAUCUUCUCACCCUUUCCUUCCAAAUUUCUUUCUUUUCUCAGAAUCCAAACAGAAUAUGCCCUGAAGUGCUAGUAGGGGGAAAGCACUGAAAUUGUUUGGAAAGCAGGAAAAUUUUUUGUGGGUAUUGGUUUGUGAUUGGAGUGGAAGAGAAAAAUGGGUGAGAAAGAUGAUGGGUUGGGUUUGGGUUUGAGUCUAUGCUUGGGGAUUUCACAGAAUCAACAGCCUUGUUUGAAGAAACUGUUCCAAUCAUCUGAUAGAACCCCAGAUACCAGAUCAUUUCUGAGAGGUAUAGAUGUGAAUCAGGCACCAACAGUGACUGAUUGUGAAGAGGAAGGAGGGGUUUCAUCCCCAAACAGCACUAUUUCAAGCUUAAGUGGGAAGAGGAAUGAGAGGGAGACUGUUGGAGAGGAGAAUGAGGCCGAGAGAGCCUCCUGUUCUCAUGGCAGCGACGACGAGGAAGGUGGUGGUGGCGAUGGGGAUGGGUCAAGGAAGAAGCUCAGGCUGUCAAGGGAACAGUCCAUGGUGCUUGAAGAAACCUUCAAGGAGCAUAGCACACUUAAUCCUAAGCAAAAGCAGGCUCUGGCAAAGCAAUUGAAUAUGAAGCCAAGACAAGUGGAGGUGUGGUUUCAGAACAGGAGGGCCAGGACAAAGCUGAAGCAAACAGAAGUGGAUUGUGAGUACCUGAAGAGGUGCUGUGACGAUUUGACUCGGGAGAACAGGAGGUUGCAGAAGGAGGUUCAGGAACUUAGGGCCUUAAAACUGUCUCCAAACCUCUACAUGAAUAUGAAACCUCCCACCACCCUCACCAUGUGCCCUUCAUGCGAGCGUGUUGCUGUUUCAUCAUCAUCUUCAUCCUCAGCAGCUGCUGUAGCCGUUUCGACAUUUCCCUCUGGCCGCCAGCCUGUGGUUUCCAAUGGUCAAAGGCCAAUGCCUCUCAGUCCUUGGGCAGCAUUGCCGAUCCAACAACGACGGUUCAAUGCUCCUACUUCCCGCCCAUAGUUGUGAGAUUGGGUUAAUGGCAUUGUGGAUAACCCAAAAGGAUUAGAUCAGGGGUUCUCUUCUUCUUUUUGUUAAUCUGGGAACAGAUUAUGAGACCAGUAAUGGUUAUUCGGAUGACUUUGUUUAGGUCAAAUCUUGUUUUGAGAGGAGGGAGGAAUUGUUUAGGUUAGUAGACUAAUUUGAGAAAAUAUGCAGAGUAAAAUUGAAUAUAUUUUGUUAUGAUAUGGGAAAAAUGAUGUUUUUUUUUGGUGUAGGAAGAGUGAAAUUACAUCAGUGAUGCUAAUGAAAAGAUUGAUUAUGAAUUCCAGUA